AACCAUUUCCCCCUCCCCGCGGAACGUCCUCCAAGCGCUGACACCAGACAAAAGUCCACAGCUUCCGGUUGAAGGUUUCGUCAGCUGUAGAUAACUGAAGCUGAGAGGGACAAGGACACGUUCAUUGUUGGAUUCUCCACCUUGGGCUUGUCUCUGUGUCUUAAGUGAUCUUCAGAAAAAAACCGCAGCCUGCACGCACCCGACGGCGUUUUCGUGCACAGUUCCACAUUAUAUUCUCGUAUAAAGCUGCCCAUCUUCUCACAACUUGGAGCGAAUAGCGAGAAGUGCCUUUUGCGCUCCAGCAAACAUUCAGUCUUUCACCGCCUACAGGCCUAGCAGAGAACGCGGUGCUGUCUACGAAGCAGGAUACCUAUCCGGGAGAGCACACUGGACGCUUUCCCGUCGGUGUUUCGAAGCAUACAGUAAUGAGUAACCCAGGGGAUCACCACUGGGGACAGCAACACGCGACAGCAGCGUUGCCGAUGCCACCUACAGGCCCGCCCCAACCGCCGCAAGUACUACCGCCGCAGCAGUCACAGCAACAACCGCUAUCGGCUAGCCAGCUUCCACCAACUUUACCGCCGAUUCAACAGGCGGAUUUGGGACCACAGGCUGGUCAGAUGUCUGCUCCGCAUUAUCCAUAUGGAGGACCCGCUCUUUCCUCUAGUCAGGUACCACCAAUGCCUUAUAAUCACGGGGCACCUCCACUUCCUGCCGUUGAGUCGUUGUCCCAGGCGCACCAUGUGCGACCAAGUCAUCACUCCACUCCGCAGGAUGUAGUCGUCACUCAGUCAGCCGGUCCACCGCCGGCACCUGCACCGCCAAUGCAGAUGACGUCUGUGUCCGGACACACGCUGCCGGCGGACUUGACAUCAGCCGAGUCUCAUGUACUGGGUGCUUCUCAGUCGUACCGUCCUUUGAAUGUAAAGGAUGCUCUAUCGUAUCUCGACCAGGUUAAAAUUCGCUUCAGCGAUCAACCGGAGGUUUAUAAUCGAUUUCUAGAUAUCAUGAAGGACUUCAAAUCUCAAAGCUUGGAUACGCCAGGUGUCAUUGAUCGUGUCUCUACCCUCUUUCGUGAGCAUCCAGAGCUUAUCAGCGGUUUCAACACAUUCUUGCCGCCUGGAUACAAGAUAGAGCCGGGCCCUAAUGGAGACGUGAAAGUGACCACUCCUCGAGAUGCGCCACCUUAUCAUAGUUCUUCUGCUGGUGGUUUGCAGUCGCUCGGUGACAGUGCAACGUCCGUUUCGAAUGGGACAGCUAGCACCAGUAACACUAGUCAACUACCUAGUUACUUUGGAUCGUCUACGGGAAGUUAUGGCAGCAGUGCCAUGGCCAAUCUCCCCAUUUCCCAAUUAGCUCAACAUGCGGCAUCUCCGUCUGUUGCUGCUCAGGGCUACAACGCUGCCAUCGCGAGCGCAUCGAAUAUUAUUAGUUCGAUGCAAUCUCAUGGUGCUUCCGCUCUGCAGCAGUCGUCAUCCAAAGGCGGCGAGCAAGGGGCCAACCGCCGUGCUCCUGUGGAGUUCAAUCAUGCAAUUAACUACGUCAAUAAGAUUAAGAAUCGCUUUUCUACGGAACCUGAAACAUACAAACAGUUUUUGGAGAUCCUGCAAACAUAUCAAAAGGAACAAAAGCCAAUUCAAGAGGUCUAUGCUCAAGUGCAAGUGUUGUUCAAAGGUGCUCCGGAUCUGCUAGACGAAUUCAAGCAGUUUCUUCCCGACAAUAGCAAUAAUCAAGGUCAAAACGGUCUGGCGGCGUUUGGUCGUAGUGGUGGCAUGCCUGUUUUGAGCACAAUGCCGAACGGGAUGGCAGUUACGCAAGUUCAAUCGUCAAGCUCUCAGCGCCUACAGUCCCAACCUGCAGCGGCGGGAGCUAAACAGAAGCAACACAAACGCCCAGCUCCGUCUACGACACCAACGGGCGGUGGUUCCUUGUCCAGCAAUGCAGCCACGAUCCCUUCGGGUCAGAUACCUGUUCCUCCACCAAAGAAAAAAGCUAAAAUGGCUCGGUCAGAAAAACCAGGCACACUGGAAGAGCUGGAGUUCUUUGAUAAAUGCAAAAAAGUCAUCAACAACAAAACGACGUACAAUGAAUUUCUGAAGAUCCUAAACCUAUUCAGUCAGGAAAUUAUUGAGGCCAAAGUUCUUGUUGAACGGGUUGAACCUUUCCUUUCCAAAGCUCCAGAUCUCUUUGAAUGGUUUAAGAGAUUUGUGAAGUAUGAAGACGAUGAAGUCAUUUAUAAUAUUCCUGCGGAGCGCCCAGAGAUCAAUGUGAAUAGCUUGCGCCGUCUUGGACACAGUUACAGGCAACUUCCGUCUGAGAUUCCCCGACCAAAAUGCUCUGGUCGUGACGCCCUCUGCAAAGAGGUACUUAACGACGAGUGGAUUUCCCAUCCUGUCUAUGUGUCGGAAACUGGUUUUGUGAGUCACAAAAAGACACAAUUCGAGGAAGCACUCCACAAGUGCGAAGAAGAGCGAUAUGAAUUUGACAUGAACAUUGAGUCGAAUCUGCACACAAUUGCGCUAUUGGAACCCAUUGCCAAGAAAAUCCAGAACAUGAGCGCCGAGGAGAGGAACCGACUGAGGUAUCCUGAGGGACUUGGAGGGACUUCCAAAACUAUAUACCAAAGAGUCAUAAAAAAGAUAUAUGAUAAAGAACGUGGAGCCGAGAUCAUUGAGGCGCUUCACAACAAUCCAGCUGUCGCGGUGCCCGUUGUGUUGAAGCGCUUGAAACAAAAGGACGAAGAAUGGAAACGGGCUCAGCGUGAAUGGAACAAAGUCUGGCGUGAGAUUGAUUCUAAAAACUAUUAUAAAGCUUUGGAUCAUCAAGGCAUUCACUUCAAAGCUGCUGACAAAAAGAACAUGUCCCACAAAUCGCUCAUUUCGGAAGUGGAAAUGCUCGCUCGGGAGCAGCGCGAGAAAAGAUCGACUCUGCCCAGCAGAUACCAAUUCGAUUUCACAUUCAAAGACCGGAAAAUUUUCCAUGACAUUCGUCGGCUCCUGCGCUUACAGACCGAGGUCGGAUUAUCGCUGAACGAUUCAGAGGCACGCAAGAUGAAAAACUUUUUGCGAGUAUUCGUCGACAGAUUCUUUGACGUCGGUCAUUCCCCUGUGGAACAAGAGGUUGACAGCGAGGACGAGGAAGAAGAUGUGGAUAUGGAUACGGAGGACGACUCGCCUCUUGGGAGCAAUUCGCGAAGCAAGCAGCGGUCCAGCAGCUUGCGUCGAAAUGUCCUUACACGCAAGUCCAACGGCCGUGAUACAGGUGAGGACACCGAUGAAGAUGGCGAUAUCGAGUCAGUAGGCAGCGAAGGAGGACGUGGUCAGGAGGACACUCCUGGGGCAAGUGGAGAUGAGGGCGCAGAUAUGAUGGAUAUGGAUGGAGUCAACGUGGCAAAAGACCGCGAUGACGGUUUCAGUGAAGCGAAGAGAGCCACGUACGUGUUUUACUCGAAUAACGCUUUCUACGUGUUUGUGCGGUUGUAUCAGACGUUGUACUCCAGGCUAGUGAGAAUGAAAGAAUUGUCUCAGGAACUCUCUCAGAACCCGCCAAAAGCCGAUCGGAAAAGUCCGGUUGCCACGGAAUUGGGCUUGCAGAAGGAAGCAAUUGCAGCCUAUGCGAACCUCGAUCGUUAUACUGAGCUCCUUCAGUCAUGUUUCCAUUUCCUUCAAAGCGAUUUAGAGGCAUCCGAGUUUGAGGACAAGGCGCGGAACAUGUUUGGAACAUCUGCUUAUUUGAUUUUCACUGUUGAUAAGCUCUGUCAAGCCAUUACCAAGCAGAUGCUUGCCAUUGUGUCGGAUCAGAAAAAUAUGGAACUUGUCAGCCUCUACUACAAGGAUAGAUCCAAAGUUGGUACCAGCGCGCGUCAGGAAGCAAUGUACAGAAUCAACUCGGAGUCCUUGAUUCAGGACGACAACAUUUAUCGAAUGGAAUAUUUCAUUGGUGAAAAGGUCCUAACCAUUCAGCUCCUCGGAAAGGACGAUCAUAUUUCAGACGACUCGAUCAGCCAUGAAGACAAAUGGUCACUCUACGUAGACCACUUUGUCCAACUUCACUCCACGGAGGGUCUCCGAUCUAAUCGUCGUGAACCUUUCCUUAAACGUAACCUCCCUACCCAAGUUCCUGAUACCCCACCCACAAAUAUCGAAACCCGCUCCGGACUUGAAAUGAAAAUCUGCGUGAAUACGUACAAGGUCUUUUUUGUAGACCAUACCGAGGAUUAUUUCUCAAGGAGACGCUCAGGUGGAGCAGAGAUUUCAAGGACGGAAGCCGAUGGCCAACGAAAAAGAUUUCAAAAGUUCCGAUCAUGGCUUGACGGUCCUUUGGGAUGGAAACGUGGCCUGAACGCAGAGGACAUUAAAGGGGCGGAAAAGGACUUUACAGAUUGGCUCACUGGGAGCGGUGAAAAGAUGUUGACGAGUCAAAAGGUUGCUGGUGACAACCACGACUUUUCGCUCUGGGACGGCGUACCUAGAAGUGAAACAGGAAUGAUGGAAGGGAUUAUGAAAGAGGGAGAGAUUGUAUGAGAUCAGUCUUUUAAAAACAUCAAGUGCUCGAUUUUGGAUGUGCGAUGAUUCUCUAGCUCUCAUUCUUUGGCCUAUUGAACAUGGCAAGAAUGAUGUGUCCCUAUGAGACAACUCUACGCCAUAUAUUUUGGGUAUAUAGACGGUCCAUCGGUGGUGUUUGAAAAGGGGGAGUAUGCUGCCCAAUUUCGAUUUGGGGAGGUAAAAUGGGGUAUGCAAAAUUGGGUACCUUUUGUUACGACUCUGUCGUUUCUCUAGUCCCUUCAGUAUUUUGCUUGUUUUAGGAGAAAAUUGUACGAAGAGUUUUUCUUUAUAAUGUUUAUGUCGUUGAUGAAUGCCUGC